AUGUCAGAGCGCAGGCAGAGCUCGUCGCAUGAAUUGUUUUCGCAACUUCGGAGAAAAAGUAUGGCGACGUGGAAGAGUGAGAGGUUUGAGGAGGACGAGAAUGCGGAUGGUAUCGACAGCAAUUUCGAUAGCAUCCUGGUGACGCACGAUUUACAGGACUGUCUGGAUGAAACUUUGGACCUAUCGAGCUUCGAGAAAGUCUACGAGCAGAGUGCGGUAUUCGAUUACGAGAGAUACUCCGACGACGAUGCUGCUAUCAACGAGAGGCUACCCGAUGACAACACGACCGGAUAUGUUCAUCACACGAUCAGCCCACAUGAAGUUUACAUGCGAAUACAUCAAGGACAAGAUGAUACGUUACCUGAAGACCAUGCAAAUCCUCAUGCAACUAUCACGAUUGAAAAUAUGGAUCUAGAUGGCAAUCAAAAACAUAUCGAUAUAAUUGGUAAUCGAUAUAAUUGCCAGUACGAAGGUUGCAGCAGAACAUACAGUACCAUCGGGAAUUUGCGCACUCACAUGAAAACGCAUAAAGGCGAGUAUCGAUUUAAAUGCGCGGAGCCGAGUUGCGGCAAGGCCUUUCUCACGUCCUACAGCCUAAAGAUCCACGUUAGGGUACACACGAAAGUAAAACCGUUCGAGUGCAAUCACAAAGGCUGCAAGAAAGCAUUCAAUACCCUUUACAGACUGAGAGCUCACCAAAGACUCCAUAGUGGCAACACAUUCAACUGCGAAGAGACUGGAUGUGUUAAAUUCUUCACUACUUUAAGCGAUCUCAAGAAACAUAUACGUACUCAUACUCAAGAAAGACCGUACAAGUGCAGAGAGAAGGGUUGCGGCAAAGCUUUUACGGUUUCGCACCAUUUGAAAACGCACAAGAGGACGCAUACAGGUGAACGACCGUAUGUCUGUACUUUCGAUAACUGCAAACGAUGUUUCACUACUCCGCACAGUCUAAAAAGCCACAUCAAGACGCAUAAUAAAACCGUGAACGAAACUAAACAAAAAGAUAGCGGAAGUGACGAUACGACUGAGGAGCGAAACAAGCCGCCAACUCAAUUAGAAUUGAAACUCGUGAAAGUCAAUGUGAGCGACACCGCUAUACCGUCAUACGCCAUCGUGCCAAUAUCUUCGGAUUUCGCGCAAAAUAACGAAAACAUGCCAUAUGCGGGAAAUGUAGUGGCAUCAGCUCCCACCGAUGUAGCGCUAGACAUAAUGGAUCAUCGCAAGUUGGAUGCGAAACUCGAUUACAUUUCUACCAAAGAUAUAGAAGACUCGAAUAGAACCACCGAGGAAGUCACGCUUCUCGCGCCAGAUAUUUCUAGCCACUUCCUAGCUGAUUUCAACGAACACGCGGUCGACGCUUUCAAUAAUAAUGACAACUAUAAUGAAUUUAAGGUAUUCAAUGAAAUAACCGAAUCGAAUGCGCAACACGAUAACCUGGCGGACAUAGCUGGCCAUCAGAAUCAUCCGCACGAAUCUACUUCGUUGUCGGAAACGCGCGGUGAUAGUAUAGAUAGAAAAAACCGACUUAUCCCGUUAAAUUUAGAACAGAAGAUUAUGCAGGAUGGCUUGCAGAACGCGAUAGCGCAUAUUUCUGAGGGAAAGGACUUUGCGAGUGAUAUAAAACAAUUUAAAAACAAAUCCACCGCCGCUCCCAACAAUGUAUUUGAUGUAGACCGUACAAAUGCGGGUAGCAUAACUGACGACGGCAACGCGUUGUAUAGUGCCAAUUGUAUUACUAGUCAUAUUCCCGAUAUUAUAAGUUCUUCGAACGAAACUAACCUCUUCGACAGCGGAAUAGAGGCUCUCUCCUUCAUCAACGACGCGACUUUGCAGAACGAGUCUCUCGACGCAGUUUCGCACGAUUUGUGCACAGACGUUAUCACGAACACGCACUCGGAAGCAGUUGAGCUUGCAAUUGCGACGGAAGAAGAGUUACCGUCACCUUGGAUCGACGUGAUGGCACUCGCGACUGCGCCCGCGUUGAGGACUCAAUCUUGGUCAGAAUUGAAUGCCUUCCCAACUGCAGUUCAUUCGUUGGUCGAUUUAGUAGGCCCUGAGCCGUAUCCGUUGGAGAUAGAGGCUCAGUUAUCGUCCACGGAAAAUUUGAAGAAUAUCGAUGCGGUGAAUAUAGAACAUAUCUCAGCGAACACCGAGGUGGUGCAGUGUCAGGAAGCUGCUGAUUACGAGCAGAGGACAGAUGACGUGAGAAGCAAGAAGGAUAGGAAUGUUCUGCAAGAAAUUACGGCAGACGCUGAUAUAUGCAAAUGCGUCGAUUGUAAGUGCGAUAGCUUGCAGAAUUGUCAAAAUUGCACAAACAGCCCUGCCACCACCGCAGAAGUUACGAAGAAAGAUACGACGCUAAAGAUCGUAGAGGAUUUCGUGUCUUCCUUACAAAAUGGAUGUUCCUGCAACGCCGAUUCCGGCGGCUGUGGCUCUUGCUGUGUUGUAAUCUGCUUAAAAACACUGCAGCAGCUACAAAAAGUAUUUAGUCGCAAUUGUUGCAAAAGCACUAGCAGCGCUACGUGCUGUAGAGAAAAGUUGUUGCCAUCUUUGAUGAAGUGUAAACUAGCCAGAAAUCAAUGAAUCGUAAAUUUUUCUUCACUAACUAGUCACGCAAAAAUAUAACGCUGUACGCACGUUAACGCUCGUAAAGAUUUGUGAUUUGUCAUAGACUACAUACUGAUAGCUUUAACUGAUAGCCUUGUGGGCAACUUUUGCCUUCCAAAUGUUAUAUUUAGGACAAAGAAUAUAUUCACAAGCGUGAUCAGUUUUUUCAGCAUAAUGGUCCACACGAUUUUUGAGACACUUCCGACAGUUUAAAGAAAAUGUAAAAUAAACAUUUAUCUGUUUCAUGCAAACUGUCACUUGAAAUAACAAACAUUGAAAAAGAAUUUUCAUAAAAAAUCAAUGUCAUCAUGAAUUUUUCAAAUGCCACCGUGCAAUUUUUUAUAAUAUUGUAAGGGACUUUAAAACGAAUUCAACGCUAAACGCUUAUGCUGAACAUUCUGUAUCAUAUGAGAACAUGACUGUACAUACAUGUGCUAUAUUUAAUAGAAUUUCAGGAUGGAUUAUAUAUAUAUAUAUAUAUAUAUAUAUAUAUAUAUAUAUAUAUAUAUAUAUAUAUU